AUGGCGGACGUUCCCCCGAUGGAAUAUGUCAACCUCGGCAAGUCCGGGCUCAAGAUCUCCAAGAUCGUCCUGGGCGCCAUGUCCUACGGCACCUCGGCGUGGCAGGAGUGGGUGCUGAACGAGGAGGAGGCUCUGCCUCUGCUGGAGCAUGCCUAUAAGCGGGGGAUCAACACGUGGGAUACUGCCGACGUCUACUCCCACGGCAAAUCCGAAGAGAUAAUCGGCAAAGCGCUGAAAAAGUACAACAUCCCGCGCAACCGCGUCGUCAUCCUAACAAAAUGCUACUUCGGCGUCGACGACGAGGGCAACCAGCCGCCCAUUGCCGCCACGGGCACCAACGACGGCGCCUGGGUCAACCGCGUCGGCCUGUCGCGCAAACACAUCUUCGACGCUGUCGACGCCAGUGUCCAGCGUCUGGGCACCUACAUUGAUGUCCUGCAGAUUCACCGCUUGGAUCGCCAGACGCCGCGCGAGGAGAUCAUGAGGGCGCUGAAUGAUGUUGUCAAUAGUGGGAAGGUUCGGUAUAUUGGUGCGAGUUCGAUGGCUGCAUGGGAAUUCCAGACACUGCAAAACAUCGCCGCCCGCAACGGCUGGCACCAGUUCAUCUCGAUGCAGAACUACCACAAUCUGCUCGCACGCGAGGAGGAGCGCGAGAUGAUCCCGUACUGCCAGGACACGGGCGUGGGCCUGAUCCCCUGGUCACCGCUGGCACGAGGCGCGCUGGCCCGCCCCUGGAACAGCCGCAACACGACGCGCGAGAACACGGACCGGGCGCUCAACGUGCUGGUGAGGUCGCGCGAGAGCGAGGCCGACAAGGCCAUCAUCGACCGCGUCGAGGAGCUGGCUAAGAAGAAGGGCGUCAGCAUGGCGCAGAUCGCCACCGCUUGGUCGCUCAGCCACCCGGGUAUCAACCCCAUUAUCGGCAUGAACAGUAAAGAGCGCAUCGAUGAGGCUGUCGCUGCUAUCAAGAUCAAGCUCACGGACGAGGAGAUCAAGUACCUCGAGGAGCCAGGAAAGGAGCUUUGA